CGCAUUUUAAAUACGUUAACGUGACGUAAUUUAAAUAUGCCAGAUUUGGAAUCCUUUUGAGUUGUGUUCACGGUGAUGGUGGAUCCUGUAAGCAUUUUGCAGAAGUGGGAGGGUGGUCACUCCACAACAGUUCUUUGCGUUGGUGCUGGGACUGAUGGGCUGUUGGUAUCGGGAGCAGAAAGAGGAGCACUCACCCUGUGGAAUGAUGAAGGUGUUAAUCUUGGUCAGCUUAAAUUGGUAGGGGAAGAUGAUGUUACUUGUGUAACAUUUUCCCCUUUAGCCACCAAUAAAGUAUAUGUUUCUCAUGGAGAAAAUGUUUCCCUCUUGGACACUAGAUUUCUGAAGAAUGUCUUAGCUUGCUAUCACAUCAGUGACGAUGAAAUUAACUGCUUGUCUGUGAAUGAAACUGACAGUUUUUUAGCAGCUGCUGAUGACUUGGGUGCAGUGAAAAUUUUGGACUUGAGCAGUGGGAAAAUAAGAUGCUCCUUGCACAGACACAGCAAUAUCUGUUCAUCAGUGGCUUUCCUUCACCAUAGACCCCAAAGCUUGGUGUCAUGUGGACUUGAUAUGCAGGUAAUGUUAUGGAGUCUGCAAAAAACUCAUCCUCUCUGGGUACUGAAUAUUCAGGAGCUUAAUGACAAAAAACAGAGCCAGCAGCAGAAUUCAAGUCAACUCUUUAACCCUCCACUAGUACAUACUGUUAGUGUUGCAGACUGUGGCAGCAGGUUUGCCUGUGGCUCAGAAGAUGGAUGGGUCAAUAUCUUCAGAGUGACAGGAACUAGGUUUGAGCAACAAUUGGGGUUCAAAGCGCACAGUCAGGGAGUGUCUCAAGUCCAUUAUGUCAGCUUUCUUAAUAGUUCUUGUUGGCUCAUUACUGGAGGAAAUGAUGGAAAGGUCAAUCUGUGGGAUGUCGGCAAGGAAUAUUUAUUAAGUAAUGAAGGCAAAAGCAAAAUGGGCAAGAAAAAGGGCAAAAAAAAACAUAUUCAUAAGAAAGACAUUGAUACCAAAAAUGAUAGAAAGCUGGAGGCAGGAAAUGUUUCACCAACGAUUUGUAUAAACCAUGGCAAAAAAGUAAAUUGGCUUUGCCCGCUCCAUGUUAAAGGAGAACUGAAGAUUAUUGUGACAGAUGAAAGUAAUUCAUUAUCUGUUUAUCCUAUAAGUAUUUUAGAUAAAUAAUGCCUCAUUGUUGAAUUGGUUGAUUCAUAGGCUUGUAAUCUGGAAGAGAACAAUUACAAAGAAGAGUUUUAUUUACUUGUGCUACAUUUGCCUUUAUUUCAUUUUAUCCUUUCCCGGAAAUAUGCUAGUACUUUAUGUAUUGAUUUCAUUUUAGCUUAAUAUGUCAUAAAAGAUCUUCACUUUUAAUUUCUGCAUUUAUGGCUGGCUCAACAACAAAAUAAUAUGUCACUCCAUGUAAUCUGUGGUACAUCUCAAUAGUAAGUAGUGUACAAGUCACUAAUCAUUCAUAUUGUUGUUGUGAAUGUUUGCAGGUGUGUAGUUUUGUAGAUUGGUUUAUGUUACAGAAGUUUGCCUUAGCUUAAUAUAUUUCUUCAGUUAGAUUCUUUAAAUGUCUAAAUAAUAAACAGGUUUAAGUGUACAAUUA